AAUCACUACAUUGCAUCGAUUUCAUUCGUUUUUGUCCAGCAUUUAUGAAAUUUCCAAGUCAAUAACAAGAACAGAAUUGUGAGUUGAAAAAUACUGCUCUCAAUAUGCCGGCAUACCAUUCACAAAUUAAGGACUAUACACAGUCGGUGGGAAAUAUGGCAAUUUUGCCAAUUCGCACCCAAGCUCGUGGACCAGCUCCGAUCAAUCCCAGCGUAGAACAGGAUAUUAUUGAUGAAACCCUGUACUACUUCAAAGCUAAUGUGUUCUUCCGCACGUACGAGGUCAAGUCUGAGGUGGACCGUGUUUUAAUUUACAUCACGCUCUACGUGACAGAGUGUUUGAAAAAGUUGCAACGAUGUUCGAACAAAAACCAGGGUUUCCAGGAAAUGUACACGUUGGCCAUUUCGCGUUUUGACAUUCCGGGAGAAGCUGGUUUUCCGCUAAAUGCGGUGUAUGCUAGACCGAGUUCGACCGCCGAAGCAGAGCUUAUGCGACAGUAUUUGCAACAAUUACGCCAGGAGAUAGGUAUUCGAGUAUGCGAACGAGUAUUUUCUGGUGAGGAUGGCAAGCCAAAUAAAUGGUGGCUUUGUUUUGCCAAGAAGAAGUUCAUGGACAAAUCACUGUCUGGACCAGGCCAAUAAGCUUUUUAAACGAAAGCAUUGUUAGGAUAAUAUGGUAUUUCUUUUUUUACUUUCCUGUCCGCA